GAGCAAGACAUGUGAUGAUCCAAGAACACGAGGCCUCCUCUCAUAUCCUUGCGGUGAAGAACCAGGCCACCGGACACUACAUCCUGAACGGGAGAGGAGAUGAGCUCAGGUCCAGGACCUUCAUAGACCUGGGGUUGGAGUGGAACUACAUCAUCGAAGGAGAGGUGGAGACGCUGCACACUGACGGACCUCUGAACGACCCCGUGGUGGUUCUGAUUAUACCCAAAGACAACGAGACCCGUUCUACUUUAACAUAUAAGUACAUCAUCCACGAGGACUCGGUACCGGUGAACAACAACAACGUGAUCCAGGAGGAAACUUACGAAUGGGCCCUGAAGAACUGGUCCCCAUGUUCCAGGCCCUGCUCCGGAGGGUUCCAGUACACCAAGUACGGCUGUCGAAAGAAAGGAGACACCAAGAUGGUUCACCGGGGAUUCUGCGACGCCAACAGGAAGCCCAAACCCAUCCGCAGGAUGUGCAACAUGCAGGACUGCGCACAACCUCAGUGGAUUUCGGAGGACUGGGAGCAUUGUACCAAGACCUGCGGCAGUCUGGGUUUUCAGGUCCGGACGGUUCGGUGCGUUCAGUUCUUCCAUGACGGCACCAAUCGCUCCAUCCACAGUAAAUACUGCAGCGGAGAGAAGCCCGAGACCCGGAGGCCCUGCAGCAGAACUCCGUGUCCGGCCUCGUGGAGGACCGGGGCCUGGUCAGAGUGCUCCGUGACGUGUGCAGAGGGCACAGAGAGGAGGCUGGUCACCUGCCGGAUCGGAGACCAGUGCAACGGAGAAAAACCCGAGUCCGUGAGGCCCUGCAGACCUGGACCCUGCCACGACGAGCCCUGCAGUGGAGACAAAUCCAUCUUCUGCCAGAUGGAGGUGUUGUCUCGGUACUGUUCCAUUCCAGGCUACAACAAGCUGUGCUGUGACUCGUGCAACAAGCGCGGUGGAACCAUGUCUCUGUUCUCUGCGUCAGCUGAGAAGGAGGAGCACGCCCGCUUCGGGUCGGCCUCCCAGCUCCUGGAAACGCUCAGAACCUCUGCAGCCUUCAACAGCACCCGCAGCAGAAAGCCCACCACCACCCCCGCUCCGAAGAAGAAAGCCCCGCCAAAGAUCACUGCAGCACCACGGAGAGUUCCUCGACAGCUGAUCCUUACUGAGAGGAAGCCCCACAACCUGGCGCCUUCCCCACUCACACACCCCGAGGGUCAAAGGUCAGACAGCCUAAGGGAUGUUUUACAGCAGCUGGUGCUGGAGCUCAAACAGAAGCAGCCGGACCAGCAGCCAGGAGCUUGA